AUGGCGCGCCAAAAGAACGACCUCAGGCUCAUUGUCGCCUCGGACAGUCUAACGCAGCGAUCCUCGGCCGAGGCCUCCGGCUCCGUCGACUUCUCGAUGCCCUGUGUCCAGCCCUUUAACAAAUGGGUCUCUCUCGAGGCCCUCACUGUGAUGGGAAUCCCACGUAUAUGCACCCUCCAGCGGCUUUUGAACCCGGAAGGGCCCGUUGACUACAUUGCCACCGCGGAAGAUGCAAAGAAACUUAUAGUCUAA